CGAAAAAAUCAAUCUUUUUGGCCGUCCACCCACGUAAUCAAACAUCAUUUUUCUUGAGCCAGUUUCACUAGCGCGAGAGAUAAUAUGCUGAUAUAAUCUCAAAGGUGAGAUUUUUAAGGAUUCUUCUCUCGCUGUUGCAAUACACUGAAUGUAAAAAGGUCGCACCUUUCGAGUUCUUCGAUGGCGAGAGGCCUUGCUCUGUGCUCCAAUGGAGGAAAAGCUUCGAUUUUUAUCUCCGGCUCCAUCGCUAGGGUUUCUGUCUCCUUUUCUCGCGAGACCCUUUUCGCUUCGCAGCUCUUUCGUGGCCACUGUCUACGUUUCGCUCGUUUAUUCUGCAAGUGCGUCUCCGUUACUGAGACAGUGGAUGUCGCGAGGUUCAAGGAGGUUUUUGAGAGGAGGAUGGCCAUGGCGGGUCUGAAACCUCAUCACCGCAUUGCAUUAGGUGUUUCGGGCGGUCCUGACAGUAUGGCACUGUCUGUCCUGACCGCGAACUGGAAAACCGAAGGGCAGAACGGUGUUAACAAGACAGAUGGCCUCAUAGAUGGACUUGUGGCUAUAGUCGUGGAUCAUGGACUGAGACAGGAGAGCAAAGAUGAGGCUGAAGCUGUGAGCUGCAGAGUUUCUGAAAUGGGAAUCAGAUGUGAGAUUGCCUGUUGUGAUUGGGUGGAUGGUAGGCCGAAGCAGGGACACUUGCAAGAAGCAGCUCGUGAGAUGAGGUAUCAAAUGCUUCUGAAUGUCUGCCUCCGCGAAAACAUCAGUGUCUUGCUUAUAGCUCACCAUGCAGAUGAUCAGGCUGAGCUUUUCGUUCUAAGAUUAUCUCGCAAUAGUGGAGUACUCGGGCUUGCUGGAAUGGCAUUUGCUUCUGAGAUUUUCCCGUCGGAGAUGCAUUUAGACGAGACGAAUGGCAAGAAUCGUUCUGUUCUCUUAGUGCGUCCAUUGAUGGAUUUCUUGAAAGAAGACAUGUACAAGAUUUGCAAAUGGGGAAAACAGGAUUGGGUCGAGGAUCCGACCAAUCGUAGCCAAUUGUUUGCUCGGAAUAGGAUUCGGAUGUCAAUAAGCAAUUUACAAUCAGUUACCUUCAGGUCUGAACUGCAAGCAGUUAUCUCUGAAUGUCGGAGAACGCGUUCGUUUGUUGAUCGAGUUUGUUCCCGUUUAAUAGAUCAAACAGUAACAGUGACAGAUAAAGGGUAUGCUAUAAUUGAUCUGCAGAGACUGAAUCCUUCAGAAAUCAAGGACAUUUGCGUAUCAAAGUAUAUCGGCUUAGUCCUACAGUUUAUCUCCCAAAAGCAGAGACCCAUCAGAGGAAAUACUUCAAAAUUGCUUUUGAACUACCUCCGUACAGUUCCUUGCAGGACAUCUCUCACGGCUGCGGGCUGUUACCUUUGUCCGGCUCCCGGGUCAAAGGGUACCAAAGUCAUAGUUUCUUGUUCUGUUGAUUGCCCCUUACCUACGAAGACACAGAUAUUGCAAAUUCAGCCCGAUAAAGCUCAGAGGGGAAAUACUUCGGAUGAUGACCUUAGCCAAAUUAUAUCAGAAGCGAAAUCUUUUUCAGAUCACUCGGUUCCCGAUAUGACUGAAACCCGGUUUCUGGAUGUAGCAUCGGAAUCAGUUCUGAGCAAAGCCAGAGAGUUCAAUCUUCUGAGUGACACGACCUGUGCCACCAUCGGUUUACUGCAGAGAGAUGAAAGCAACCGGUUCAAGUCAAAACCCGAAGAAAAAACAAUGGAGGGUUCAGAGUCUUCAGACAAGGAAGCAGACGGCUUUGUGUCUGUUUCUGACAAUGCAUAUCUUCAGGCAGGGAAAGCAUGUUACUUGAUGAACCGGUUUCUCAUCAAGUGGAACCUGAGUAGUAACCAGAGAGAACCCAUCUGCAAAAACUGUCCAGUCAGUGCAGACACAACAAUGGUGGCUCGGUAUAUGGUUGAAUCCGAUUGGUUGCACCUCGGGGAACUGUCGAGAUGUUCAGAUACAGAUUCAGAUUCAGAUUCAUGUUCGGGUUUUCGUGUGUUAUCUGCAGGCAGAGCCCUUGUGUCAUUGAAGCUUAUCCCAGCCGCUGCAAGAAGAAGCCUCCUGGUCUUGGUGGAUCUAAACGGACUAAUACUCAGUAUUCCAGUAAUGUUUGAUGAAUCUUUUCUAUGUUUCCCAUUAAACCCUAAUGGAAUUUCAGCAUCUGUGAACUGUUUCUUGUUUCUGUUGGGUUUUUAUUUUCAGGCGAUUGGAUUCAGAUAUUGUCAGUGCUUGGAGGCAUCUGCAGUUUUCUUGCCAAGAGUACCGCUUGGGGGUGGCUUUAGUUCCUUUGUCUGAAUUCAUAUUUCUUACGUACUUUUGUCAAUUUUCAGACACUUCUGGAUCGGUAGUUAAUCAUUUUUUGUAUUUUCAGACGUAAUA